AUGGAGUCAAACCAGUCCAGCCAGAAGUUAGCGUCCUCCCCAAACGCUCAGGGAAAUGGAACUUCUGGAGGCAGCGGACCAUGGCGCGGCAGCCGUGGGGGUCGGCCUGCGUUCGCGCAGCCUAAUCAGUGCCAGAAACUGUCUCCCGAAGAGAAAGCUGCUUUCACCGCCGAUUGGAAGCAGCUGCAACAGGACAACAUAUCUUCUGCUGACUACUACUUUAAUUCAUAUGCACAUUUCAGCAUCCAUGAGGAAAUGAUUAAAGACUCUGUGCGCACCUGUAGCUAUCAACGAGCAAUUAUGGACAACGAACAUCUGUUCCGAGGGAAGGUUGUGCUGGAUGUUGGCAGUGGGACUGGUAUACUUUCCCUCUUUGCCGCUCGAGCUGGUGCUAAGCACGUUUACGGCAUUGAGUGCUCUGAGAUUGUGCGCAUUGCCCGGAAGAUUGCAGCAGCUAAUGGGUUGGAAGAUCGCGUAACGUUUGUCGAAGGGAAGGCUGAAGAUAUUGAACUGCCGGUGGAAAAAGUCGAUAUCAUCGUUUCAGAAUGGAUGGGAUACUUUCUUUUAUAUGAGAGCAUGCUUGAUACAGUGAUUUACUGCAGGAAUAAAUGGCUCGCAAAGGAUGGACUGCUCUUUCCAGACAAAGCGCACCUAUACCUUGCAGCAAUUGAAGAUGCUGAUUACAAAGAGGAGAAAGUUGGAUACUGGGACAACGUGUACGGUCUCGACUUCUCCUGCGUCAAAUCCUGUAUCAUGGAAGAACCCAUUGUGGACACGGUCGACGAUGGUGCAGUUGCGACAACAUCGUGUUGUGUGUUGGAAAUCGACCUCGCCACAUGCACUCCAGAGGAUUUGGAUUUCUGCGCCGCGUACAGUAUACAGCUGAGGCGGAAGGAUUUCCUCCAUGCUUUUGUUGCAUGGUUCGAUGUAGUGUUCAGCAAGUGCCACAAGCCGGUGGUCCUAAAUACGUCUCCUCAUAACCGUUACACUCACUGGAAGCAAACAGUAUUCUACAUGGAGCAUGUGCUUGUGGGGGAGGUUGGGGAUACGGUGAAGGGCCUUAUUGCCGUAAAGAAGAACAAGAAGAAUCCAAGGGAUCUGGAUAUUAAGAUAUCUUAUGCAUUCGAAAACCGCCAUACCGCGAAGCCCAUAGCAAACACACAAUUCUACAGACUCAGGUAG